AAUUUGCUACAUGAAGGUAGACAAAUCUAUAUCAAUAGUUCAUUUACAAAUAAAUUGGAAUUGUUUAAAGCGUGUUUUUUUGUGUGAACAGCUCUUUAUUUUAACCUUGUAGUUUUUUUUUUUAAAUUUUCAGAUGGGUCUGCAUUUUUACCUCAAGAGUUUGUUGGCGGUUUUUGUUAUGGCUGUCUUGGUUUUGUUUACCUGGCACAAAGCGACAGAAGUAAUCCGUGAAGUCGUCGACUUCCAGACACAAAUAGCUGAAGGGCAAGGGCAAGGUCUAAAAGGAAAGCAAAAUAAAGCCAAGUCAAAUGCAGGGGCGGUGCAAGAAAUGCAACAGAAUGCGCAGUAUAGAAGUGAUAUGUCCAUCACAGAAGAAACAACAGAAGUUGAAAAGGAGGACACUACUGUUUCAACGACGACUAGAUCUCAACCAGAUGUUACUGUAAAAGACUCUCUUACUACAGAAGUUGAUUCGCAGGACGACCAUAGGAAGUUAGACACCUCGACUACUUUACUAACAACGAUAACAGCAACAACAGACACAACAACAAAAAUGUCACAGACGAAGACGCCAUCUUUAACUACAGCAACAUCAACAACUAAGGAAAACUCUGUGACAGAAACAAAUAUUCAAGAGCUGGAGAGACUGUCUACGGAAAAACGUCAUGUAGCAUAUCUUAAGGUGCACAAGACUGGCAGUUCUACCGUUCAAAACAUAUUUUUAAGAUUCGGAGACUCAAGAAAUCUUACCUUUGUACUUGCCCAUGACAACAAACAUUUAGCUGAAACGAAGUUUCCAAAUAUGAUAAGUUACAGCAACACGCUUACUGACGAUAAUGUUGUUCCGCCACCGGAAGGACGCCAUUUUGAAAUUUUAUGCUGCCACGUGAUAUAUAAUCGAACGCAAUUUGAAAAAUAUCUUCCCAAGGAUACUGCUUAUAUCGGUCUUGUCCGAGAACCAAUUUCUAGAUUAGAAUCAUCUUUAAGGUACUUCAACAUGUAUCCGAAUGUGAGUCUUUCAGAGUUUGCUGCGAAUCCACUCCAUUAUGACAAAGGAUUGCACUCGAUGUCAAACAACAGAAUGUCAUUUGAAUUUGGCUUUCCGCUGAAUCUGUUUCCAAACAGCAAAGAAAAGCCAGAAAACUUGCAAGAAGCUGUUGAUCAGUAUAUAGAGAAAUUGAAGAAUGAGUUUGAUCUAAUUAUGAUUAAUGAAAACAUGGACGAGUCGUUGGUGUUGAUGAAACGGAUUCUGAACUGGAACAUAAAAGACAUAAUGUACAUGAAACAACUUGUGGCGAAGCAAGAGACGCGGCGUUUCUCGGAAACAGAUAUAAAAAAAUUAAAGUCUCAUCUAUAUUUAGAUUUUGCUUUAUACCAGGCAGCAAAGACUGAAUUUGAUGCGAAAGUGAAAGAGUUGGGAGAGGACUUUAGAGAAGAGGUGAAAAAAUUUAAAGAAGACAAGGAAAAAGUACACAGUUUUUGUAGUAAUAAGGAGACAGGAAUAUUAUCAUUUCCUAAAAGCAAGUGGAACAGUGCCUACAACAUCACAAGCCAUGAUUGUAGUCUCUAUACGAAAUAUGAAAUAAAGUUUAUCCAGGAUAUACGGAUGAGACAGUACGGCAGACUUGGCAUUUAGAUUGUCUUGCUACGAUUAACCAGUGCAUAUCAGAGAAACUCCAUCCAGGGUGGACAACCCACGUGACUUUUGGAUAUCGUACUCACGGAGAAAAUGUCUCGUUUGCCUAUAUUUUCCUUAUUAAAUGACGGAUUUUCGUAGGAUAAAGAGCACCGAAGACAGACAAAUGAGUGCUUUCCUUCGCACAAAACCUCUCCAAUCAGUUCUCAGUACUUUUCUCAAACACUCCGCCCAACUUGGAAGUUGUGUGUACGUUAUCGACACAGUUAGUCAACGAAAAGCAGUCGGACGAAGUGUUUGAGAAAAGUACU